GCUUUCUUCUCCCAUUUCCCAUUCACAACUUUGUCCUUUAUUUUUUUCGGUAUAAGUAGAUACAAUUUCUUUUUCAAUUUUUUUCUCUGCAACUCCUUUGCCCUCACUAUCAAGUUGGUUUGUGUUACUAAAUUUGUUGGAUGUGCUGAAAAAAAAAAAAUCAAAAUCUAAUUCUGAAUUGAAAUCAAUUCUCUUCUCGUUCAUUCAUCCAGCACAGCAGAGCGUCUCAUCUUUCGGCAGUCCCGCAGUCGGCAGCCACCAGCCAGCAACCUAAUAAGACAGGCUGCCGGCACGGCGCAUAGUGGCACAGCCAGAAACCUAUUCUUCUCGUCUUCUCUUGAUGAUCUCUUCCCCGUACCCCGCAAACCACAAACCACAGACUAUAAUCUGAAGUUUAGGUGUUUGUGAGGUGGGUUCAUAAAAUUGGAAUCCUUCAGCAGUUUCAGUUGAAGUCCAGAUCAGGAAUUGGGUGAUUUUUCUAUUUAUGCUUCUCAAAUUGACAAUUUUAGUUCAAAUGGAUAGGUAUUUCAAAAAAUUAUCUUAUGGAUCUUCUUAUGACUCUAGUAAUUCAAGGUUCGGAAAUUCACCCACUCUCCUAGAGGACACUCGACAUACCCCUUAUUCUCCUCGAAAAAGUAGAAUUGACGACAUUUGAACUCUUGAUCACUUGUGAAAUCAAUCGGUAUUGGUUCUUGAAUAGCUUACUAUGAUGGUGCCCUCCUUCCCUUCUACAACUGAGUUGAAUGUGCAAUCCGAGGAAAAUGGGGAAACUGAUACUAAAACUGACGUGUUAGUUGAAAUAAGUAGUGCAAUUGUACCAGAAGAACCUUCAGAAGAUGAGUCGGAAGAGGAAGAUGUGGAUUUCAAUCCCUUUCUAAAGGAGAGCCUUUCUGAAGCUUCUUCAAGCUUGAGCUCAGAAGCGGAAGGGUUUGAUACUGAUGUUAUCAAUAGCCGUGGUGUAAAUGUAAUACCUGUGGAUAAGAAUUUACCAGGGACGCGACCCUUUGAUGCCGUUGAUGAGGGAGAAUGUGGUGGUAACUCUACUAAAGAUUUUGUUUUAGUUGUGGAACAAGAAAAUGAGAAGGUUCUAGAUGAUGAGGAUAGGUUGAAUAGUGGGACAAAUGUCAUUGAGGAUGUCGUGGAGGAAGGAGGGAAAGUUGUUAGUUCUAGGGAUGAACCUGCGAGUGAUUUGAAUGAUGAAGACGCUAUAUGUAAACGAACCAGGGCUCGAUAUUCUCUUGCCAGUUUUACCCUUGAUGAGUUGGAGACUUUUUUGCAAGAAACUGAUGAUGAAGAUGAUAAUCAAAACGUUGAUGAGGAAGAAGAGUAUAGGAAAUUUCUUCAUGCAGUUUUGAAUGGAAAAAGUGGGGACAAUGAAGGGAAUAUUGAGGGUAAUGAUGAUGACGACGAUGAAGAUAAUGAUGCAGAUUUUGAGAUUGAAAUUGAAGAAGCUCUUGAGAGUGAUGUUGAUGAUUGUAUAGAGGUGUCUGUUAAGGAAGCUAAAUUUGAUAGAGCUGGUCGGCGACCUGAGACCAGGCAAAAGGGACGCCAAAAGGCUAAUGCCCAAAAUAAGGUCACAAAGCAGGGAAAGCAGCCCUUGCGUCCGCUAGUGCCUGUCAUGUCCACUGCAACUGGUGCAUCUGUUCCUUGUCUUGUUCCUAGGUCUCUAGCACUCCAGACUACUUUGCACUUUCCCUCAUAUGUACAAGACUGUUCUUUGAUUGGAUUUAAGGAUCAUCAAAUUGGACAACUAUAUUGCCUAAUAUAUGAACAUGUACAGCUCCUUGUCCAAGUAUAUUCUCUCUGUGCUCUUGAACCAUCCCGGCAGCACAUUGCGUCUCAAAUGAAGGGCCUACUGGCUGAGCUUCUACACAAACGCGACCUAGUAUUAGCUUGGAGAAAGGACCCAUAUCCCACUUCUUGUUUUCUUCCCUCAUAUACCAUCCCAUCUGUUUCAGUUGAAAAUAAGAAAAAUUUAUCAGUAGGGGAUUCUGGUGCAUCAACUGAUUAUGGUCAGGGUUCUCAAUGGUUGCCAUCUGUUGGUAGUUCUGUGCUAUCAGUUUUGGAUGUUUCACCACUGAAGUUUGUAGGAAAAUAUAUUGAUGAUGUUUCUAAUGCUGUACAAGAGCAUCAAAGACGUUGUCUAGAAACUACUAAUGUCUACCUCGAAAAACAACCUCUUUUCCCUCUUCCUAUUAGUUCGUUUCCUGAAGCAGAUUGCAGUAUUUCUAAAUCAAACGAUCCAUCUAGGAAUACUAGUGUAGCAUCACCAAUUAAUAAAGUUCCUAAGAAGACAUUGGCUGCUACCCUUGUUGAAAAUACCAAGAAACAAUCUGUUGCCUCGGUACCCCUGGAGAUUGCAAAACUGGCUCAGGCCUUCUGUUCAUUAUUUAAUCCAGCAUUAUUCCCUCAUAAGCCACCCUCCUCAGCUGUUGCUAAUCGGGUGCUUUUCACAGAUGCUGAAGACGUGUUGCUCGCUAUGGGAAUAAUGGAAUACAAUAAUGAUUGGAAAGCUAUUCGACAACGUUUUUUGCCUUGCAAAUUAGAGCAUCAGAUCUUUGUGAGGGCAAAAAAUCGAUGCUCGUCUAAGGCACCUGAAAAUCCAAUAAAGAGCGUACGAAAGAUGAAAACAUCUCCCCUCACAGAGGAAGAGAAGGCUCUUAUUCAGAAGGGCCUCAAGAUGUUCAAACUCGACUGGACAUCAGUUUGGAGAGCUGUGGUUCCAUAUAGGGAUCCCAAUCUACUUCCCCGGCAGUGGCGCAUUGCUAUUGGAACCCAGAAGUCGUAUAAAGCUGAUUCAGCUAAGAGGGAGAGGCAUCGAAUAUAUGAGUUAAAAAGGAGAAGAGCCAAAGCAACAGCUAUGAAUAACUCUAUUACUGGAUCUGAGAAAGAGAAUGACAGCGGAGAGGACUAUAUGGACAAUGAGAAUGAAGCAUUUGUUCAUGAAGCCUUUUUGGCAGACUGGAGACCCCCUUAUUCUGGACUGGAUCCUCCUGAAGUUCCUUCUGCAAGUCUUAAGCCAGGAUUUCUAUCUAAUGAUUUACGUGUCGCUAGAUCCUGUGGUGUCCUGAACGGGGCAGAUACUUAUGGAAACCUAGAAUGUCAUUCUGACAAAGGUCACAUGCAUGGAGUGUCAACUGCUUCUGGAGAUCCUCUUCUAAUACAUCGCGGGACUUCUCAUCCUUACUUGACUUCUGGCUAUCCACCAGCUGUCUCUUCUUCUAAUGCAUUUAAGGAUUCACUGUUACUCUCAAAAAAGACUGGAAAGUCUAGUAGUUCCAAUUUAGUUAAAUUAGCACCAGAAUUACCCCCUGUCAAGCUUCCUCCAGCAGUUCGUAUCAUAUCCCAGGCUUCUCUUAGAAAUUCACAGCCUGGAAGCUCUACUGAGGUUGGAGCUACUGGUCCAGGGCCUGAAAAGACGUUACGUGACCCAACAGGCUUCGACUGCUCUGCAAAUAUGAUAAAACCUGUGCAAGGUAAGAGUAAGAUCUCUAUUUCUACUUCUGCAACUUUAAUCUCUAAAAAGGAUGGGCUCAUGAACGAUAGAUUUUUCGCUGAAGAAAGAGUUUCUGAUUUGGAUCCUCACAUGCACCCUUUACUGUAUCGAACCACCGACGAGGGUCAUUUACCUUGCUUCCCAGUUAACAGUCCAAUGAAGAUGCCUACUUUUAGCUUCUUUCCAGCUGCACAACAUCAGAUGAAUGUGACUCUCCUUCAACAACCUUGUUCUGGUGGCCAAUCUUUAAUUGCAAAAGAAGAUACUUCAGCUUCUAUUAGUCUAGAUUUUCACCCCCUAUUACAAAGAGAAAAAUUUGGUGCCAACUCAGAUGCUGGUUUAUCUGGCUCCUUGCUGAAUACAAAUCUUGAGCUCUCCAGAGAUGGGUAUGGAGAGGAUAUUGUUUAUCAUGCUGGUGCAACUGCAGCUCGAAUGGCAGCUGCUACUAGACCAACGAGUCACACUGCUAAUGGAAAUGGUUUGGACUUAGAUAUUCAAUUAAGCUCUGCAUCUAAAAGGAGGAAAGUGUCAAGUGCUGAAGGGCCUGAAAGAGGUCUUUCAUUUCCAUCUAUAAGUGGAACUAAAGUUGUUGAAAAUGUGGAAGAGAUAAGUGGCAUGCACCAUGAAUUGUCACCACUAGCUGAGCUUGUAGAUCUUGCUGUUAGGGAGCAUUCAGAUGUAGCUCUUCCGUGCAAUUCUGAUUCUCUUUCAUAUUAUAAGCUUGAUGGCAUUACUGGUGUGUGUAUCAGUGAUAAUGUUGGUGAUCAUCCUCUUGCUGAAAUAGUAAUGGAACAGGAAGAAUUAAGUGAUUCUGAUGAAGAAAUGGAGGAUGUAGAAUUUGAGCGUGAAGAGAUGACUGAUUCUGAUGAAGAGGAAUCAGGUGCUGAGCAGAAUGUUGACUUGCAUAGAAAGGAACAGUCAGACACUGUUGGCAAUGAUUGUCAAAAUCAGCUUUCAAAGUCACUUGCAUCUGGAGUUUCUGAAGGGACUCAGCUUCAGAGAAAAGGAAACAACUCUGGAUCAACUUUGAAAGGGACAGGUAAAGGCCACUCGAAAGGUUCCUGGCUAAGUUUAAAUUCCCGUGGUUCUCAUCACAAAUCACCAGCCAGAACGAAGAAGACAGAGAGUUGUGAAGGGGUUUCAGUUCCAUCAUAUCCUAACCGAUAUUGUAAAAAGGGAAAUUCGGGUUCUAAAGAUGUGUCAACUGAGCAAAACGCUGAUAUUUCCGAGGAAGGUCCCUUUUCCCACCUAUCUAGGAAGUCAAGAAAGCCUGCCUCAAAAGGUUCAUCCCCGUCAAGAGUAGAUGUGCCUAUUGGAAACACCUGUUGUACAGAGAAAGAUGGAAAAUUUUGAAAUGGGACGAAGGAAAGAGGUGCUUUUGCUCUCAUGUAUAUACCAACUAGCAACUUGAAUGUUUUGACGUGGUGGAAACAACAUCCUUCGGAAUAACAUCGAAGGCUCUUCUGAGGCACUCUUCUAUGCCUCUUCACGAGCAAUCUAAUUUUUUGAACGAUGUGAGCAAGUCUAAGUACGAGUAAGCCUUCCUUUGUUUUAUUAUUUUUUUUUUGGGGAGGUUCGUCAUCUUGCGAACAUCAAUGAAAAAAAGGAUGGGGUUGGGUUAAAGGUUGAGAUUUCAUAGAACUGUAGAAGGUGCAAUUUUAUUAUAGAUAAUUUGUACAGUAAUCUGUUAUAUCAUUCUUUAUUUCAUUCCGUGA